AUGGCGUACAAUUUGUACCACGUCCAGCUCGCCCGGGCGUGGGCGCAGCGCGUGGAGAAGGAGAACAGUCUCGCGGAGAAGUUCUGGCUCACGAAGGCCGUGCAGGAGGGCCGCAUCCCGGAUGACGCGGCCAGCCAGGCCUCGGCGUCCUCCGCAAUGACCGGUUCGACGAACGCGACGGGGUUCAGCAGCAAGACGUCGUACCUGAAGACGAAGCUGGGGGCGUUGGAGCAGAUGCUGCAGGAGGAGGCCGCGCGGAGGGCGAACUUGGAGAAGGAGCUGCAGGAGAUGCGCGGCACGCUGCGGGCCGGAGCGACGCUGCCCGCUGAGCCCGCGCCCGAGGCCGCGGCGGCCGCUCCCAAGGCCCCCGGAUCGCGGGGCUCCUCGCGGGCCGCGGCCCCGCCGUCGAAGGCCGCGCCCGGCCCAUCUAGCCUGCGCACGUCUGUGAAACCGUGA